CAAAUCCCCAAAAAAUCUCUCUCUUCAUUCCGUUGCUCUUUGAAUCAAAAAUAAAAUUCAAAAACCAGAAAACAAACAAACAAACAAACCCUUAAAACUCUGUUCUUGACCCAAAAUCUCAGAACAAAGAAAUUGCUUCUUUUUUUGGUUGUUCUUUUGAUUUUUGAAAGGUACAAUGCGAAGCAGAAGCAGAAGCAGAAGAAGCAUCAGUGAAGAGGAAGAGGAAGAGAGUCUGAGUAGCAGCAGCAGUGAGAGUAGUAACGGUAAUAUCACGCCGACAUCGAACGACGACGUAGUAGCGAAUUCAUCAGGGUUGUUCUUGCGGUACCACCAAUACCACAAACUGCCUCAACCCUUCUUUCUCAAACUCUCUGUCCUCAAACUCGACUCUUCUCUCUUCGAUGUUUUUGUUGCAAGGAAUGCCACGGUGGCGGAACUCAAGCAAGCCAUAGAGGAAGUUUUUGCUUCUUCAGCUGAUGAAAUCUCAUGGUGUCAUGUGUGGGGCCACUUUUGCUUAUGCUAUAAUGGUCAGAAGCUAAUCAAUGACAAGACGUGUCUUCAAAAUUUUGGGAUCAAGGAUGGUGAUCAGCUUCAAUUCAUAAGGCAUAUGUCUGUCCAAUAUUCACCUUUGAGAAAAAGGCCCAGCAACAAGAGCGUGGCUUGCAAACAGCAGUCACUAGAAAUGGAGCUUGUAGAUUUUGAUGUAAGGUCGUUAUCAGGAUCAGAUUCUCAUGAAGAGAUUAGUUCAGAUGAUAGUGACAAUAAUGAAAAUCAGGACAGCUCCAAGUACAGUGAUGAAAAUCAGGAGGAAGUUCCUUUGCUGGAGUUCAAGUUGGCUAAGUUCUUGAGAAGGUGGCUCUCAAGCUCUAGAUCACGGAGUCUUUUAAAGAAUGGAUCAGAAGGCAGGAGUGCAGGUACUGGCUUUCCCCUGCACUGCUUAGGAGGUGUGCCUAGGUUUAAUGCUAAGGAUAAAUUGAUGUAAAAUUGAGUAUGCUACUACUAUGUAAGUGACGGGCUGUGCAAGCUUGCACUUGUCCUGCCUUUUUGUUCCAAAAGAAGGUCUCAGAGUGUGCUUAAUUAAUUAUUAAUUAUAAGCUCAACUAACAUGAACUUUUGAGUUUAAGGUAGGUUUAAUUCCACUUAACCAAAGAAAGAAAGUUUAUUGUUUUA